AUGGAUCUACAACGUCUGAUUAACUGGAAUGCUGUAGAGUUGCUUGAAAACGCAGAAAUACUUGAGGAGCGUCCACGACGAAUCUACAAUCGUCAACGCGAUCCAUUUGAGUUGAACGACGAUCAGUUCAUACGGUUGUUUAGGCUGAAUAAAGAUCUAGCAACGAAUAUAAUUAAUCUAUUCGAUGAGUUGCAUGAUAAUCCUCACCGUCGAUCUUCCGCAUUAACUUCUGAAACAAAGGUACUUACAGCGCUCAGAUUUUAUGCGUCUGGUAGUUAUCAAAUGGACGUUGGUUACAAUUACCAAUUAGCUUGUAGUCAGCCUUCUGUAAGUCGUUGUCUACGAGACGUUAAUUCAUUACUCAACAAUCCUGUAAUGUUCAACGAAUGGGUACACUUCCCAAGGAGUAUUCCGGAGUUGGAAAGCCUCCGUAACAGAUUCUAUACAGAUUAUGGAUUCCCGGGAGUAUGUGGUUGUGUCGAUUGUACACAUAUUGCAAUAGUCCCCCCAAGUCGGCAUGAUAAUGUGUAUCCCGAACACGUUUAUGUAAAUCGGAAAGGGUAUCAUUCAUUUAACGUACAACUGAUUUGCGAUUCGGGUAUGAAAAUAAUUCACGUGAAUGCCAAAUAUCCCGGAAGUUCACACAAUAGCUUCAUUUGGAACAAUUCAAAUGUGUUACCGUUGUUCCAGACCUUACAUGCACGUGGUCAUGAUCAAUUCCACUUGCUGGAGAAUUUGUUAUACAUGUAUGGUAUUAAUUGUAUAUCCGUAUGCGACAGUACUUGUACUUCAUCGGUUUACAGGGGAUUCUGGUUACGCCUUACAACCAUGGCUUUUGACACCAAUACUUGA